UUCUUCAAUUAGUGUAAUUUAAGUUAUUAAUAAUUGUUUUAUUUUGUUUUAAGAUACUAAAAUGUCAACCAUGUCAAGUGAAUUAUUUUAGCUGCAUCUCAAAGGAAGGAAACAGAGGCACUCUUGGCUUUGUAAACGCAAAACACUAAACAAGGUCAGUGUCAGACUCAUGUUGAUUAGGACAAACUUAUUAAGCCCUGGGUACAUGAUCUCAAGUUUCCUCCUGCAACAAAUCUUUCCUUACUUCUAUAUGACACCAUGUGGCUGAGAGGGAACUACGAAGGGUCUUUGGCUCUGCGCUGGAUAAGCUUCUCCCCUUAAAUAUUGAGGAAACUGACUCCUAGCGCAUGCUGGGAAAGCCCUCAAUCCAUACUGACCCCAAAGGAGAUUAGAGUAAAAGAAAUAAACAAUUGUUCUCUUUGCUGUAAACUUGUUGCAUUUGCCCAUUGAAUAUUUAUCAAGCGCAAAUGAAAACGUUGCAUUUCAUUAUUAGUUAUGCUUCUUAAUGAACAGACUUACAAAAGUAGCAAAUAUAACUUACAAUUUUGAGUGUAAGUUUACAGCAGAUUCUUAUCUUUUUAGCUAACCUACAGAGCACUGAGCAAUUGCAAGAAAAACGGCCAAAGAAAUUGUUCUGCAGUGAAGUUUGUAGGUGUAAAAUGACAAAAUCUGAAAAAUGUUUCAAGGCUACAACUUUGUUUGCAAUAGAUGAUAAGAACAGUGAAAUCUAAAGUUAAGAUUUCUUCACCUGUUUUGCUUGCAGUUGUUCUGCGUCACCCUCGUCUGAAGGAUGGACUGGUCGAUAAACACACUGCCUCUGCCUGAGUAUGUUGAGCUUGGUGUCCAUUCACUGAGUGGCCUUCUGUGGACUCUGCUGUUCCUAUUUCUGUGGCACUGCUAUCGAAUUGGCUCUGACCUGCCAAUCCCUGGCCAUGCCGGAAAGUUAAAGUCGAGCUCAAGGCGCUCCAUGAUCUCCCGGAGCGGCGUGUGCAUGGGAACAAAGUGCAGCGCCCGGUCUAAGUUGUCCAGAAGCGACCAGAUUGCACCUUUCAUUUCCAUGGAAACAGCGAAGGAUGAGGAGCAGGGACAGGGCUACCUCACGCCAGUGCUGAGUCAUGCCUUGUUCCCUGCCCAGGCAUCUGCAGAAGCCAAGAAGUUGUACGCAGCACUGCAAGAGUACGCCAAGCGUUACAGCUGGGUGGGCAUGGGCCGCAUUCACAAAGGCCUUCGUGAGCAGGUCAGGCUCAACGAUCUCUCCACCAUACAAAAGCCACAUCUCUUCUUCCUGCCGGAUGUCCCAAGUGUUCCUUUCUUCCCGCGCGAUGCUCACCGGCAUGACAUCGAGGUGUUGGAAGCUAAUUAUCCUGCCAUCUUGGCUGAGUUCCAGGCUGUUUACCAGAGAGGCACAGACUCUAAGUCAGGCUGGACCUGCCUGGGGCCAAAGAGCCAGGCCGUGUUUCCCUUGUACAGCGCCGGGGUCUGUGUGGCAGGGAACUGCCGCUCCUGUCCCUCCACGUAUCGCACACUUCUCUCUCUGCGUACUUUCAUAAACAGCAACUCGCUGGGAUCUGCAGGAUUUUGGCUGCUGGGCCCCGGAGCGAUACUGGGGAGCUCCUACGGACCGACAAACACUCGCCUUCGCUGUCACCUUGGUUUGCAGACGCCCCCUUCGUGUGAGCUGGUGGUGGGAGGGGAGCCUCAGUGUUGGUCAGAGGGGCACUGCCUCCUUCUUGAUGAUUCCUUCCUUCACACCAUCUCUCACAAGGGUCCUCCAGAAUCUGGACCCAGGGUCAUUCUGAGUGUGGACCUGUGGCAUCCAAACGUGGCUGCAGCAGAGAGACAAGCUUUGGACUACAUGUUCACCCCUGACCUCUGAGUUUUGCUCCUGCACUUCACCGUGAGCACUGUGCAGGGAUGCCUUAACUUACCCCCCUCGCCCCCGUCCGGGUUCACGCGUCUCAUUCCAGUCAGAGAAUCACUGUGUGAAUCCUCCCUUAAGAAUUAGACAAGCCAUCGGCCACACAUUCAAGCAGCGUUGGAUGUUUGGCCUCUCAUUUGUAGUCAUUACAACAGUUUUACUGUCGUGCUACCUGCAUGGCAUUUUGACAUGAAAAUGCAAGCAGACAACACCUGGAAGCACAAACAGCAGCGCAGGGGUCAACUGGUGUAAAUUUUAACAUCUUAAAUGUGUUUACUAUGCUAAUACAUGCAUGCAAAGCCGGAGACUUGUUAUUGUUACUGGCCUUAUCUGAGCUGUUGUUGCAUGUGCAUGGGGUUUUUAGAAACUAUCUUGAAACGGUGUGUGUGACUACUGGUGAUUCAACCAAAAAACUGUGAAUACUUCAGUAAGAAUUUAAAUGUAUUUUCUCUCCUGAGAUAUUUCCACUCAAAAUGUCACCAAAUAUACUGUGUUGUUUUCUUUCUUUCCUUGAUAACACUAAGCUGUUUGUAUGCUGGAAUGUUUUUGGUCACAAAGUUAUUAUAUUUUUGAUUUCUUUAUAAAUUCUCUUUGCUAGUUUGUUUGUUGUUACAUAUUUUAUGUACA